AUGUGUGACUUCAUCGAGGACCAGACAGCAGAGUUCAAGGAAGCUUUCCAGCUGUUUGACCGAACAGGUGAUGGCAAGAUCCUGUACAACCAAUGUGGGGACAUGAUGAGGGCCCUGGGCCAGAACCCUACCAAUGCCAAGGUGCUCACGGUACUGGGGAAGCCCAAGAGCGAUGAGAUGAAUAUGAAGGUGUUGGACUUCGAUCACUUCCUGCCCAUGCUGCAGACUGUGGCCAAGAACAAGGACCAGGGAACUUAUGAGGACUAUGUCAAAGGCCUUCGUGUGUUCGACAAGGAAGGGAAUGGUACCGUCAUGGGUGCUGAAAUCCAGCAUGUCCUAUUCACACUGGGAGAGAAGAUGACAGAGGAGGAAGUGGAGAUGCUGGUGGCGGGUCAUGAGGAUAGCAAUGGUUGUAUCAACUAUGAAGAGCUUGUCCGGAUGGUGCUGAACGGCUGAGGACAUUUCCAGACCCCGAGCCUGUGC